AUGACCGACGAUAGUCGUAAGAGCAAUCUUUUACUCACCGGGAAACUAACAUCGCCAAGGCAAUUCGUGAGAUUAAACGAAGUGAUAGUUGGUUAUCUAAAGAAGAAAGACAUUAAACAUCCAACGACAUUCAAUCAAUCACCCACACAUCCACAUCUCCACAUAAAAAUGGCACAAUCAUAUAAACCACUCGUAUACUCUACUCUCAAAACUCUCAACGAGCCCAACAAUACGGACGGCGAUUUCUUUAAACAUGCCGACGAUGAAAUAUACAUUCCAGAGAGUUUCAGCUGCUUUUUUGGAGAUUUUAUCUCAGAAGAAGAUAUUAAGGAUGCCAUCGAACAGUUGCAAGAGGAGAAGAGCGGUGAAGCAAAGAUUGAACAGAAAGUGGAAGUGAAAAAAGAAGAAGGAUGGUUCGCCGACGUUAAGAAGAUGUUUGGAAUGGCUUGA